AUGUCUGCUGCGAUCUCAAGAAAGCGCAAGUCGCCCGAGCCAGAGCGCGACAGUGUCAAUGAGGACCACAUCACAACGCCUUCUAACAGCCCAGCUCGCAAAAAGUUGAAGAUUACUCAGCAUCAAAAACAGACUCUAAUCGAUAACCUUCAAUUAGAAAUCACGGAGCGAGCCCGCGGACUACGCGCUCAAUAUGCGCUCCAGGCGCAGGAUCUUCGAUCUAGAAUUGAACGACGAGUAAACCGAAUUCCGGUCGCGCUGCGCAAGACCACGAUGGGCGCGCUACUUGAAAAGCACAACAAUGUCCCCCAGGCACAAUCCCCGAAGAAGUCGGCCCUUCCAGCGAGAACUACCAUAAAGACUGCAACUACAAAAAUUAUACCCCGAGAUCCGGAUUAUCCAACUAUCAGUGUGGCAAAGUCACCCUCUCGCCGCACCAAAGAAACCAGCAACGGUGGCAGUUACUCGGAUAAAGAGAACGCACCAGUGCCUGAUGCACACAUCCCCCUCGAAAACCCAAAGAAACGAGGCAACCCAGCCGCAUCUGGACAGCCGCGAUCUGUUUCACAAGUCUUGCGAGAUGCCGAGUCGAAAGUUUUGUCCCCGAAAUCCUCCAAUUCGCGAACCUACAAGCAGUCUCCGCUCAUUACGUCGCCCACCAAGGCCUCGUACCUAUCCCGACCCGCCUCACCUUUGAAACCUUCCAGUCCUCUCAAAGCAAUGAUUGAAGAUGCUCGUGCUCGUACUACGCGCACCGAGACCAAGAAACCAUCUCCACCCGCAAGUGUGCGCAGAACCAAAGCUACCGCGCAAACAAAGCGAACCGCCACCAAAUCAGCCAAUCCGGUUCCUGUCAAGUCCCCAGCGCGACCCGCCACGCGACAGCAAGAUCGGCACAUGAGCAGCAGUACUACUUCUUCGAAUGCAUCCUCCGGUACAACCAUUGUUAAGGCAACCCGAAAAGCACAGCGAGCCACUGCCACAACGUCCAGCGCAGCAGCAAAGCGGACCACAGUAGCUCGCAGUCAAGGGCCUACAGCCGCUGCAAACGCCAAACGAGCUGCAGCUACAACAAGAAAGGUCGGCACUGAUGCACCUGUCAGUACUGGUAGGGUCCUUCGCAAGCGUGUCUAA